AUGGUUAAAGUCGUUAUUGCAUCGGCCUCAAGCGCGCUGGCAAGAGAGGUUAUCGAUGCCCUGGUAGCUACCAAAAAGCAUGAUAUAAUUGCCCUGGUCCGAAAGGAUCCCGCCCAAUUUCCUUCCCUUCCCGGAGUUGAAUGGGUGAAGACGGCUUACGACGACAAAUCGGAAUUGGUCCGGUUGUUUAAGGGCGUAGAAACCGUCAUAUGCUUCUUAGCUGUCCAUCUUGACAAAGAUAAUGCUACUCAGAAACUGCUUAUCGAUGCUUCUAUUGAGGCUGGUGUUAGGCGGUACGCUCCGUCGGAAUGGGCAACGGGCGAAAAACUAGAGUCUUCACUCGAUGCCCUUUCGUGGUAUACCGGCAAGAUUGAGAUAAGCCGUUAUUUGGAGAAGCUCAACGAGAAAAACAAGGUUAUUGAGUACACUAAAUUCCAAGUUGGUACGUUCAUGAACUACCUUGGUCAUCCGCAUAAAACAGCAAAUUAUGUCCAAACGCUUCCGUUCCUAUUCGACUUUGAGAGCCAGCACGCCGUGGCGGUCGAAGGCUCGCUCGACGAUAUCAUAGUAUGGACCACAGUCCAAGAUAUCGCGGGUGUGGUUGCUCGAGCCGUAGAGUAUGAGGGUGAAUGGCCAGUCAUCGGCGGCAUUAGUGGGACCAGGGCUACCAUCGGCGAGCUACUACGAGUAGCUGAGGUUAUUGGGAGACCGUUGAAGGUUGAUUGGCUCAAAAAGGAAGACCUUGAAGCUGAAAUAAGAAAUGCCGGCGGCAUUCUUGUUCCAGACCUUCGCAACACUACGCCUGAGCAGGUUGGCUCAUUUUUGCAAGCCGCGACCGCAAGAGUCUGGACCGCUAUCACCCGUGGUGCUUAUGAUGUUACGGAUGAAUGGAACAAGUUGCUACCGGACUACAAGUUUACUCAACUUGAGGAUUUCCUCAGGAGUUAUUGCUUGGAUCGGGUCGACGCAAGCAUUCUUCCUCUUUCUCGUCUCCCUCGCUGCGGGGCCUCUUUUCGAUGCGGGUUACCUUCGCUGGCUUCUGUGGUAGUUGGCAUGUUUCUUACCAGCAUCACUUCGGUCUACUGGCAGGUCUUCCUGACACAGGCGCUGGUAACGGGCCUCGGUCUCGGCUGCUUAUACCUGCCCGCACCCGCUGUUGUCUCCCAGCACUUUGAUGCUAGCAUCGCGCUGGCGAUGGGUGCUUCGUCUACUGGCAGCGCAAUAGGUGGCAUUAUCUACCCUAUUGUCUUCAAUCAGCUACAACCUAGGGUUGGGUUCGGCUGGGCCACAGGGGUACUAGCUUUUAUCCUCUUAGCAACGUCUGUUAUCCCGGUCUUCUUAAUGAAGGUUAAUGCUCCAUACCCGAAGCCUUCUCGAUCGAUCAGCUUUUAG